AUGUCGACGGUGUUCAACCUCGAAAUGGAGCGGGGCCUGACAGUGAGACACGCUGUUUGGAUUUGCACCUUUGCCAACAAUCAGUUUGAGGUGGUGCUCGGGACGCGGCUUCUCAGUUCCCCAUUCUUCCGAGGAUUUGGGGAGGCCAAGGAGACCGCCUUAUUCCUGGAUUUUGCCGCGGACAGCCUCAGCAGGUCCUGGUGCACUUUCGAGCUGGCGGUCACCACGGACACGGAGCAGGCGCGCUUGCGCUGGCGUCUCCGCGAAGAGCUCGCGGAGACCCGAGGAGUCCCGGCCAGGGAGGUGACCUGGGCAGAGGUCGAGCAGCGCCUCAUCCAGGAACGUGGGAAGCUGACGACGGACCUCUUUGAUGGGCAGAAGCCGCUUCUGCUUUGCACACCAGCUGGCUUAGUGGGCUCGCGGCGCGUGACCUCUGGACCUGUGCUCGAGGCUCUCCGAGUCCUCGAGACCUGCAAGGCAGAGGCCUCCAAGGAUUCGGACCGCCGCCGCAUCUUGAACUACAUUGCGCACUCCUACUUCUCC